UUCCGAAGGCUGCGAAUUGAGUAGAGCGAAAAGUGAUAAUUUUGCAUUUAUUAAGCCAGAUUUCUCCACCAAAAUGGUUUCGGUACUGAACACGAUCGACACCGGGCACGAGGACAUGAUCCACUGUGCUGACGUCGAUUACUACGGGCUGCGGUUGGCCACCUGUUCGUCAGACAACUCGGUGAAAAUCUUCGACAUCAAAAGCGGUGCCCAAACACUGGCCGCCGAUCUGAAGGGCCACCGUGGCCCGGUCUGGCAAGUGGCGUGGGGCCACCCGCGGUACGGAAACGUGCUGGCCUCGUGCUCGUACGACCGGAAGGUGAUCAUUUGGAAGGAGGCCGGUCCGGGCGAUUGGACCAAGUGGUACGAGUACAGCAAUCACGAUUCGUCCGUCAACUCGGUGGCCUGGGCGCCGGCCGAGUACGGGUUGAUACUGGCCUGCGGUAGUUCCGAUGGCUCCAUCUCCAUACUGACGGCCAACGUGGAAGCGGGCACCUGGGACUGCAAGAAGAUCCCGAACGUGCACACGAUCGGCUGCAACACGGUAAGCUGGUGCCCGGCCACCGUUCCCGAGCCAGCGUUCGAUCAGCGCCCGAACAAAACCAACCUCGCCGUCAAGCGGCUCGUAACGGGCGGGUGUGAUAAUGCGGUGAAAAUCUGGAAAGAGGAAGGCGACCGCUGGGAGGAAGAGAAACGGCUCGAGCUACACUCGGACUGGGUCCGGGACGUGGCGUGGGCCCCGAGCGUCGGUAUGCCGAGACAUCAGAUUGCGAGCUGCUCACAGGACCGCCGGGUGGUGAUUUGGACCAGCGACGACCUGCUCAGCUGGCAGCCCACGGUGCUGCACAACUUUGACGACGUCGUCUGGAACGUCAGCUGGUCGCUUACGGGCAACAUACUGGGAGUGUCGGGCGGCGACAACAAGGUGAGCCUCUGGAAGGAAACCAACGAAGGGCAAUGGAUUUGCAUUAGCGAAGAUACGAACACGGCAUCCGCGGCGGCGGUAGCGUCCGGUCAGCAACCGUCCGGUGGCCAAAACAAUUUCAUACCGGAACAGCGAACGCUAUAGGGUAUCGAACGAACCAUAGCUUAGGGACCGUUGUUUGCUUGUAUUCCAUUAUUACCGUGUAUUGCAUGCU